AUGGAUGUAUCUCCCGAGUCUAAUGCAAGGUUCAUAGCAUUCAGACAGCUGGUGUUCCGUUGCUCUGAGCAGCUCAGUAGCAACGAACUGCAUGCCCUGGUCUACGUAUGGCUGUACUCUGAGAAAGAGAGCUACAAAGAUGCCUCAGGGAUCAGUAUUUUCUCAAAACUCGAGGCUACUGGAAAGUUUAGUCCAUGGAAUCCAGAGGGCCUCCUUGAAAUGCUGAAAGAAAUUAAGCGGAAUGAUCUCUGCAGUGAAGUCAAAGAUUUUAUGAAAAUAAAGUGGCCGAAAGUAGUAAAAAAAGGAACAAAAAAUGUGGUGUGUACGACUGAUGAAGAUCUCCAAGCGACGUUCGAAGUGGUGGUAUCCCAGGCAACAGUGCUGAUGCAACAAAUUGAGGCGUUUGAGAUAGUUCUUUUACAGGAGAAAGACGCAAGAGAGAAAGCAAGGAAGGUCAUCACAGAAGCAGCACAGACGGCAAAGACACUGUCUGACAGAUUGCUAAGAGCUCAGAGUGAGCUAUAUGACGCCAACAAUACUGAUCACGACCAGUAUGUGGACCUGGACAACUACAGACCCCAGAGACCCAGAGCGUCAUCCCUUACUGCGAGUGUCAGCCAACAAUGUCUCCCCACCCCCCCCACCAGCCUCACACCAACACACACCACCUUCACACGAAUCACACCCUCCCAAACCACCCCCAUUGAUGCAGAUAUGGGCGAGUACAUCGAUAUGUCAAGUUUGAAGCUCGGAAAGAAUAAAAAAAAUAAUGGAGUCUUGCCUACCAAUACAAACUUAGCAAGUUUAGCUAACUGCUAUAGCGAUUCGGCAACCUCAAAGAAAGGCAUGACUACAGUAGGAUUGUCCACUGCAGUGGCAACAGUAUCCCCCUCAUCUAAAGCCCCCACCCACUCAGCUACUCCUUGCAAUGAGUACAGUGUUCCCACCAGCAGCGCAGGGAGCUCAAGGUACAACUCAAGGCAUAACUCAAUCGAUGCAAACAUGUAUCUCAGUCCCUUAAUGCAAGAAGAAGGAGCACUCUACUGCAACUUAGAGGAGAUACAAGCAGCGGUGAUGACAGCACCCCCCUCGUCUAAAGCCCCCACCCACUCAGCUAUCCCCUGCAAUGAGUACAGUGUUCCUACCAGCAGCGCAGGGAGCUCAAGGAAUAACUCAUUCGAUGCAGACAUGCAUCUUAGUCCCUUAAUGCAAGAAGAAGAAGGAGCACUUUACUGCAACUUAGAGGAAAUGCAAGCGAAGCUCCUACAAAAAUUAUCGAAACAAAGCUUUGACAGUACUCAGAACAGUGACCCUGCAAUGCCCCCUGCUAAUAUCAAUGGCCUACCCCCUCGAGACAUUCAACGUUCUAAACUCCACACCUCUAUGUCACUCCCCGUAACCACAGAAAGAAGCCCCCCAGGGAAAAUAAACUCACUGAGUAGCGUGGAAGAAGUACCACCCUCAAGCAGUAAUGAUUCUGGCGAUGCACUAAGCCAGAAAGAUAGUGAUCAUGCACCCAGUGUGGUGGGGAACAAACCAAGCAUUGCCCCCAAGCCUCGUAUCAAACCGAAACCAGACAUGCAACCCAGACGGUCAUCAGUGGGUCACAUGACCCACAUGCGAGUGCGGUCAAGGCUAGUGUCCAAAUCCGUCAGGUGUACGUCUGUACUCGGUUGUGCGAAGAACCCAGUGCUAGCCAAUCAGGAAACACCUGUCAUGCCAUGUGAUGAGGAAGGUGAAAGAGAGCUUGAAACUGGAGAAUUUCAUUACUACACUCACCUACAAGCACCAGAACAAAAAAAUGACUCUGACAGGAUGUAUGCAGUUGUACGUCAUCAUUGAGCACACCCUACAUACUGAAACUGUAUUCAUUAACCACAUUAAUAAUUUAUUGGUCGCCAUAAAUAUGUUAGCUUAACAGUCUAUGAUUUCCUGGGGAAUUUUUUUUAUAAUCACAAGUGAGCAAAUAUGGAGUGAUCAUUGAAUUCAUAUGUUAUCAGUGGUUUUAUGACGUCAAUUUAUGCCACAACUUGCAGUAGUUUCUUUAUCUGAUUAGUGAAAGUUAGUUGUCUUAGCCAUGGCUACAAGAAUACCUUCUAGAAAGCUUAAAGUAGACUUUGGUUGGUUGCUAGAUAGGGUAACUGAAGGGUUAGAUAUAUCAGAAUGCCAAAGAAUAGCUAGGGCAGAAGAUCUCCCAAAGUCUAAGAUCUCAGACAGCGAAGAGUUUCGUAUAAAUCUUCUCAGCCUUUUGCGAGAGAGAAGAAGAUUUGGCCCAUUGGAACUUGAUGGUCUAAUUGAGAUACUACUUAACAUUAAACGGGAGAAUUUGAUCGAUGAAGUGGAGCAGUACAAAAGUGAGCAACGCUAUAAAGAGGAACGGGAGCAAUACAAGAUUCAGAAAGGGAAAUCGUAUAGGCCUCAAUCUGAGGAAAUUGAAGAGAUUGGUCACCAAAUCGCUACAAUAAGGUCUAAAAUGCUCUUAAUGCUGAAAGCAGUUCUAGAAGCAGAAGAAAAUUUUGAAAAGUACAAAACAGGUGAAAAGACAAUCGAGGAAGUGAGAAAAUCUCUUGAUAAAUGCUUAGAGAGACGCGCUAUGAAAUCUACCUGGUCCGAUUCUAGCAUUUGCUCUAGUACUGGCACACAUUCUCCCAUAGAAGAAGAUCAUUACUCUGUGCUACCUGGACCAACAGAGGAGACAGAACGUGACAAAGCACAGCUCCCCCCAGACACUACACCCCCAAAUCCUAUUAAGAGUCACAAGCAACCUUUAAAGCCUGUACGCUACAAGCGUAGACCUAUUUCGAUAGCACAGGGAAUAGAAAGCACACCAAUCCCCCCACAUCAGGCCGAGCCCUUAGGCAAUACAGAUAGCGAUCUUACAGGUGGCACAGGAGACAGUGGGAUGGGGACUGGAGAGUCGUCGGACAGGAAUACAUGGAUUGAGAACUCCGCAGAGAAAAUAGCACAAGAGUUGAAGACAUCAUCACCAAGACCACCUGCAGUGAAACCAAGACCACCAAAGAAAGGUCAAUACACACCUUUAAUAGGCAGAAAUGAGCCGCAAGGAGGCUAUACCAAACUGAUAAAAGCGGACAGUCUGGAUGGUUUGAUGUCGGAGCUAAAAAAGAGACAAGACAAUUUAUAGUACAUUGUGUUUGCACGGUUAUAUACAAUGCACAAGAAAAUGUUGUAACUAUUGUCAGUGUAACAUUAUUAUUAAGCAGUCACGA